UUACAAUUCGAUAAUUUUGUUGUUUUUGUUUGUAUGUCUCUCAACAGCUUUUUGCCAUUUUUGCAUUUGCAACAUGUGGAGGCUACAGUGGACAGCUGCGGGUUAGUGUGGACUGUCAGCUUGACAAGGCCAGCAGCAACCUCAGUAUUGGCAUCGAUUUUGCUUAUCCUUUUAGGUAAGAAACUCUUUCUAGUAACAUUUCAGACACAUAAUAGUAAUGCAACUCAAGGACAAAUACGAGCACAUUUGGGUUAGAGGUAUUUUUUCUCCAUUUCCAGCGCAGCCCCAUGAAUGUUCAUUAAUGAACCAAAGAGAAUAGGAGUCAUCAUCUCCAACUCUGUUGCUCCUCAUAAACAUUCCUUUGUUGUCUGUGUUUCUGUGUGUGUUUGUGUUUGUGUGCGUGUGUGUGUGUGCACGCAUGUGCGUUUCAACACCAGCCUAGCGGGUUAAUAAUUGAGACAAUUUCAGAUAUAGUUUCUAACACCAUAUGGAAGAUUUAGUCAAGCCAAUUAAGAUCCAUCUGUGUGGCACUCUGAAAGCUAUUAUGCAGCCAAACAAAGUGAUAGUGAUUAGCACCAGACAAGAUGUCUAAAAUGCUGUCAGUAGUAGCUUUGAUAAUAUUCACUUGAGACACACGAAAUAAGAGAAUCAGCAGUCAUUUGAUGUCUUUUAACAGACGUAUUCUCUCCAUUAUUUAAAGAGUGGCUACAGGUGUUUUAUACUCCUCUUUUCUCCACUCUGUGUCAGGUUGCACCAGGUGUCCUUCGAGGCGCCGCUAUGUGAUGGGAGGAGGAGGGAGAGGCUCUUCCUCAUUGGGGACUACUCUUCCUCGGCUGAGUUCUUCGUCACUAUCGCUGUGUUUGCCUUCCUCUACUCCCUCAUGGCCACCAUAGUCUACAUCUUCUUCCAGAUCAAGUACCGCGAGAACAACCGAGGCCCUCUCAUCGUGAGCUGCUCACCUUCUCUGUGUUCAAACCUCCACGGAUUAUAUCUCCUUUUGAAUAAGAUAGCAUGCUAUGUGUUUAUAAUGCUUCCAUGCUGCAAUAUAUUUUGUAUACUGUACCCAGUCCCUGCACCUUUGACAUCUGCUGGUUGUGCAAAUAGUAACUUGAUCACUAUUCAGUAACACGUCCCCCUCCCCUCUCAGGACUUCAUAGUGACCGUGGUGUUCGCCUUCAUGUGGCUGGUCAGUUCUUCGGCCUGGGCUCAGGCCUUGUCGGACGUCAAGGUGGCCACAGACCCAGAUGAGGUGCAGGAGCUCAUGUCUGCCUGUAAGGUCAUGACCAACAAGUGUGGCUCAGUGCAAGGACCCCACUGGUCAGGCCUCAACACCUCUGUGGUACGUCAGACUGUGAACCACACACUACCACAUUACAACACACACACCACAUCUAUGGUUUGUUUUGUUGUGAUAUACUCUGUCUCUCCCCAGGUGUUUGGCUUCCUAAACUUCGUCCUGUGGGCAGGAAACAUCUGGUUUGUUUUCAAGGAGACUGGCUGGCAUAAGGGAGGACCUGCUCGGUACGCUGGAGCGCCGCCCGAAAAACAGGCUGUGACCUUCAACCAGCAGCAGCCCUACAACCAGGGCAGCUUCGACCAGUCAGGAGGCUACACUGCCCAGGGAGACCGGGAGCAGGCGUCAGAAUACAGUCCUGUGGGCGGACCCACCUCCUACUCCAAUCAGAUGUAGCCUUGCAGUCUGAUUGGCACAUCAGCGUUCUAUAAGGGAAAGUUAAAUCAGGGGUUAAGGAAGGAAGGGGUUGAAG